AUGCCCAAAGAGGCCUUCAAUAUCCUCUGUGACCAGCUGCACCCAUACAUCAACCCUCAAACUACCAACAUGUUGGAUCCAGUACCUCUAGAGAAGAGGGUAGCAGUUACCAUCUACAAGCUUGCCAGUAAUGUUGAGUUCCAGGAUGUUGCCAACCUGUUUGGUAUUGGAACCAGCACCACCUGUAAUAUCUUCUGGGAGGUGUGUGAGACACUGAGUAAACUCAGGAGGGUUUUUGUGAAGAGGCCUAAAACUGUCCCUCAAGUCCAAGCCAUCAUCACAGGAUUUGAGAGGAAGACGGAAUUCCCCAUGUGUGCUGGGGCUUUGGAUGCCACGCACAUCCCAAUCAUUGCCCCAGCGAGCUAUCCCACUGACUAUUAUAACAGAAAAGGAUGGUACAGUAUUCUUCUUCAAGGACUUGUAGACCACACUUACAGCUUCCUUGAUUUUGAUGUUGGUUGGCCUGGGAAGUGCCACGAUGCAUACGUUUUUGAGUGUUCAUGUCUGUGUCGCAAGUUGGAGGAGGGUACCUUUUUCCCUCCAGUCAGCAGGAACAUCCAAGGCGUCGACAUACAUGUCCUGAUUGUGGUCGAUUCUGCCUACAGCUUGACUAGCAACAUAAUGAAGCCAUUCCCGGAAGGUACAGCGAGGGGUCCCAAGGCAGCCUACAACGCCUCCCUGAGCCGUGCUCAUAUCCAUGUUGAACAGGCAUUUGGUCGCCUCAAGGGCCGUUGGAGAUGCAUUAUGAAAAGAAAUGACUGUCAAACCCAAAAUGUGAAGUAUGUUGUGUCUGCUUGUGUAGUGUUGCACAACUUCUGUGAAAUGCAGAAAGUUGCUUACCAGGAACCCCAGGAAGAUGUGUUGGAUCAGCCAGGACCACAGCAGCAUGAUGUACCUGCUCUCUCCCCAGCAGAGCACAUCCGGGAGGCCUUAGUAGCUCAUAUUAAUACAAAUCAAUAA